AUGUGUCCCGGUGGGCGCAAUGCCAAGGCGAGGUGGGUCCGGCUCAUUCGGCAGGGCACUGUCCUUGACGUGACUGCCGGCUUGGCCCCGGUCGCCCGCUGUAGCAUGGAUAAGGCCUACAUCGCAUUGGAGCUGAGCAUCGCUGUGCUGUCCAUCGCGGGCAACGUCCUGGUCUGCUGGGCCGUGGCCAUCAACAGCACCUUGAAGAACGCCACCAACUACUUCCUGGUCUCGCUGGCGGUGGCCGACAUCGCCGUGGGGCUUCUGGCCAUCCCCUUUGCCAUCACCAUCAGCAUCGGCUUCUACACCAACUUCCACUGCUGCCUCUUCUUGGCCUGCUUCGUCCUGGUGCUCACCCAAAGCUCCAUCUUCAGCCUGCUGGCGGUGGCUGUCGAUCGUUACAUGGCCAUCAGGAUCCCUCUGAGAUACAAGAGCCUGGUGACGGGCAAGCGUGCGCGGGCCCUCAUCAGCAUCCUCUGGGUCCUCUCCUUCAGCAUCGGCCUGAUGCCGCUGAUGGGCUGGAACGACUGGGAAAAGGCCACCCGGAACUGCACGGCCCCCACCAACAGGACCGAGGGGGGCGGCUGCCUGGUCCAGUGCCUCUUCGAGAACGUGGUCACCAUGAGCUACAUGGUCUACUUCAACUUCUUUGGCUGCGUCCUCCUGCCGCUCCUCAUCAUGGUGGGCAUCUACAUCAAGAUCUUCAUGGUGGCGUGCCGGCAGCUGCGGCAGAUGGAACUCAUGAGCAAGUGCCGGACCACCCUCCAGAAGGAGGUGAGUGCCGCCAAGUCGCUAGCCAUCAUCGUGGGCCUCUUUGCCUUGUGCUGGCUGCCCCUCCACAUCCUCAAUUGCGUCACCCUCUUCGGCACCACUAAAAACCCCCAGUGGGCCAUGAACUUGGCCAUCAUUCUCUCGCACGCCAACUCGGUGGUCAACCCCAUCAUCUACGCGUACAGGCUCCGGGAGUUCCGGUUCACCUUCCACAAGAUCCUCUCGCAUCACAUCUUCUGCAGGGCCGAGGACUUCCCCAAGUACCCCAACAAUGGGGGCAGCAGCCGUGACGUGGCCGUCAGCAACAUUAGUGCUGUCCCCGUCUGCCUCUGA